GUCUGUAUCACACUUCUGUAACUCCAGUGAUAGUUCCCCUCAACAGACACACACUGAGCAAGGACAUGGCCAAGCCCCUCCCUUCUACUCAUCUAUUGGUGGUGGCACUCCAGCUGUGUCUAGUACUAUGCCACCAUGCCCGUGGGGCGGCAUAUUACGGGCAUAAGCAGCCGCAGCAGCCGCAGCACCCACAGCAGCACCUUCCCCAGCAGCACCAGCCCAUGCAACAGAUACCUCACAUGCCCCUAGGGAAUGGGUAUGGGAACGGGAACGGGAAUGGGGACGGGCUGCCCAAGCAACAGUACGGGAAGGAAAUGCCACAACAUAUGCCAUACAGCAAAGAGAUGCCAUAUGUGCUGCCACAGUAUGGGCAAGAACUUCCACAGAUGCUUCCACAGAUGCACGAACAACCCCAGAUGCCACCCAAUAAGGGCAAGGGAAAAGGUCAGUCAUAUCCCAGUAAUGGGAGGCCUUGGAGUCCCACACCUGAUGAUAGGGGACUACAGGGUCCUGGUCCCGAGGGGCCACCAGGAGCCCAAGGGCCUCCAGGACCACAGGGCCCUCCAGGGAUGCUAGGUCAAGGGUUGCCCGGCCCCCAUGGAAAACCAGGCCCUCCUGGUCCCCAAGGGUAUCCUGGGAUAGGAAAACCCGGAAUGCCGGGAAUGCCCGGUAAACCUGGUGGAGGCGGCCAGCCUGGUCCGAAGGGCGACCUUGGUCCUGGUGGUGAUGUAGGACCAAUGGGGAUGCCUGGGGGGCCAGGUCUUCCAGGGCCACCAGGCCUGCCAGGCAUCGGGAAGCCAGGGGGUCAGGGACUGCCUGGGCAGCCUGGGCCUCGAGGGGAGCCUGGACACAAGGGCAUACCUGGACUGCCUGGUCUUCCUGGGCCCAAGGGAGACAAAGGGAUUGGCUUGCCAGGAUUGCCAGGUUUGAAAGGACCUGGUGGACCUCCUGGGCCUCCUGGUCAAGGGGGUUUGCCAGGGGUUGGAAAACCAGGUCUGAAUGGACUACCAGGAUUGCCCGGGGGGGCAGGAAAACCAGGCCCACCUGGAGAAGGAGGACUUGCUGGUCCACCAGGUGAAGGGGGAGAACCAGGACCACCUGGGCUACCAGGUAUUGGCAAGCCCGGGCAUGAUGGUUUGCCAGGACAACCAGGGUUCCCAGGCGGUAAAGGGGAAUCAGGCCCACCAGGUUUGCCAGGGGGCUCAGGCCUACCUGGUUACGGAAAGCCAGGAUAUCCUGGACCAAAAGGAGACAAAGGACAUGGAGGUUUUUCUGGAGCUCCAGGCCCAAAAGGUGACAAAGGUCAUGGAGGUCUCCCAGGGCAGGAAGGCCUUCCUGGACCCACCGGGCCACCGGGCCUGCCCGGUACCAUUGGGCCACCUGGGGGUCUUGGUUUCCCAGGUCCGAAGGGAGAAGGUGGCAAUGGAGGGCCAAAGGGGCUGCCAGGUCCUAAAGGUGAACCAGGGCCUCCAGGGCUUCCUGGACAGGGUGGGUAUCCUGGAGAGGGUGGUCAACCAGGACCGAGAGGUAUACCAGGGCCACUGGGUCCGAAAGGGGAUAACGGCCACAAAGGGUUACCUGGCCUCCCUGGAGCUCCUGGAAUGCCCGGUUCAAGGGGAGAAGGUGGAAUGCCCGGAGAAAAAGGUCACCAGGGACCCAAGGGAAUCCCUGGAAAUUUUGGUCCAGGUGGGCCACAUGGUCCUCCCGGUCUUCCCGGGCCAAAAGGCGAGCUUGGUCCACCAGGGAAACCUGGCUACCCCGGCGAAGGUAAACCUGGUGUUCCAGGCGCUUUAGGGCCCCAAGGGAAACCUGGCAACGGUGGACCCCCUGGUCAGCCUGGACAACCAGGACAACCUGGUCCCCCUGGCCCACCCGGACCCCCCACCCAACCACCUGGUGUUGGUGAAAUCCUCCCUGAGCUGGGUCCUGGUCUGGACGGUCUUAAACAAGGCGGUUACAAGAAACCAAAGAAUGGAGGGGACAGGAACGGCCUGGAGAUGCCAGCAUUCACGGCUCAGCUCACCAAUCCUUUCCCCCCUGUAGGCUCCCCUGUGGUCUUCGACAAGCUCCUGUACAAUGGUCAUCAGGACUACAAUCCCCAAACCGGCGUCUUCAGCUGUACCAUACCGGGAAUCUAUUACUUUGCUUACCACGUCCACUGCAAAGGAGCGAAUGUGUGGGUGGCGCUGGUCAAGAACAAUGAGCCUGUGAUGUACACAUAUGAUGAGUACAAAAAGGGCAGCCUGGACCAGGCGUCAGGGAGCGCUGUGCUCCCCUUACAGCAAGGAGACACUGUGCAUGUACAGCUUCCAUCUGACCAGGCAGCAGGACUUUAUGCCGGUCAGUAUGUCCACUCUUCAUUCUCCGGAUAUUUAUUGUACCCAAUGUAAAGAUCAACAACAACAAAAAGGGCAUCCACACCACAUCUCACUACAUAGCUGUUUUAUUAGUGUUUUAUUCAUUUUAAACUGUUGACCUCAAUAGUGACACAUGACAACGGUGAAAACUCAGCUCAGAAGUAUCCAAUGAAUGUGUGAGUGCUACAGCUAUAGUAUGUUUCUGCCUUUGUAUUGCAGUAUUAGAUGGGUGGAAAAAACAUAAAUCAAUCUCUGCAAUACAUUUAAUUUACCCCAGAAAUUAAUUUGCCAAAACCCUCAGAUAAAUUAUUUGAGAUGUCUGUAUGUAGAUAUUCAGAUAAUUUUGCAAAUUACAAUUUCUUUUGGUUAAUAGGGGGUAAAAAUGUUGCAAAUGAUUGAGAAUACUGACUAUCCCAGUUGUAUAUUACAUUGGAAACAGUGUGUUAUUUUUUAAAUUAAAGAUAACUAUUUUCAGGAUGGAAUUAUUACAUUUGCCCAACAUGUUCUUCUCCUUAUGUGAAUACAUAGCAUUUGUUUGUAUUUUAUAUUUCCAUAUCAGAUUUAUGUUAUGUGCACUCAGUAUAUCCGUUCUUUGCAUUCCAUCAGUCACAGCCAUAUGACGCCACUAAAGGGCUAGCCGUCUACCGCAGCUUUCAUAAGCAAGCAUCAACGCAUCCGCUUUAUCUGUCAUGCAUACCUAAUGUUAGUACACAAUUAUUCUUCAGAUGUCAUUCCAUGUGUGGAAUUUUCAGAAGACAUUCUAAUGUCUUUAUUUCAUGCCAGAUUAUACUUUUGGCAUAUAAGUUACAUUACAUUCAAAGUAUGUUUUACCAUACAUUGUUCCCCUUUAACAACAUGAUUUUUCCUAUCCCAUAGUUCCUCCACGACAGAUUGAUUUCUUUUUUUAUCAUCAACUUAUUCACGUUGUUCCAGAUUAUGCAGAAGUGUCUACCAGUUUUAUUUAUUGAUAUCAUAUUUGGAAAUGAGAUGGUUUGAGAUGGUGAAAUGAGAUGGUUUCAUGGUUUGGAACCUAAAAUAAAAUAAAAUUGAUAUGCAACAUAGUGAAGACAUUUGGUUGUAAGCUGCCCAUUUCAUCUGUUGUGCAUUAAUACAUAAAUGAGUUAUGGGAGUUUGAAGGGGUGUAUAGUCAAAAUGUCCAAUAUCCACAUUAAGUUAAAAAGUCAACCACACUUCUCUAAGGUAUGUGGCAGUAUUCCUCUCUGUCAUUUAUUUGUUUAACUACUGAUUUUGUCUGAAAUUGUAAAUGUGUAUACCUGUUGAGACUGCCUUGAAGGAAAAAAUAAAUGUUACCUGACAAUGGUGCUAAACAUAUAACCAAAUGAAGAACUUAGUAUAAUGUUUUUGGCACUAUUGUUGUUUUUCUAAAUAAAGAUGACGUGAUUAAAACAA